GAUGAGGUGAUUACUGUCAUCAAUUUUCUUUGUGUCAACCUAAGUUUUUUCUAAAUUUUUGUUGUUAUCUUGGCUGCUUUUUGAAUAGAAAAUUCUUGUGAUGGGAAAAAGCUGCGACGUCUCUAAACAAAGAAAAUGCUUGAUGAAAACUCUGAAGAAACUCUCCGAGAAAUUGCAAUGUAGCCCCCCUUGCCACGUGAAGCCAUAUCCUUGUACACCAUGUUGUCCGAUGGGGGCGUUCUUACCAUGUGGUCCUCCAAAAUGCAAGUGUUUUCUGAUGAAAAAUUGCUGUCAGAAAGCCUCUUGUUGUAGCACAAGUUCUUGUGGUCCGUUUCCAGACAGUUGCACUUCUAUCUGCUGUCCCUCGUCAACUAGGUGUAUUUCAAAAUGUUCAUGUUGCAAUCCGUGUUGCCUAUGUACCACAUCAAAGUAUUGUAGGUCAUCCAAAUGUUGUAAACCUAAACGUUGUGGAUGUAGCUGUGGUUGCAAGCCAUGUUUUCCUCUGUGUUACCCAUGUCCCAAAAUGUGUAAAUAUACAUGUUGCCACCCUUGCUGUUGUUGUCGUCGAAAAUGCAUUCAGUAUUCGCCAACUUGUUGUAGGAAGACGUGCAAGAAAAGUCCAGUAGGAAACUUAUGCUUUGGUUGCAAUACUAUUUGUAUACCUCGAUGCUCUUCUGAUAGCUGUUUAGUGACCAGAAAUCGUGGCAAAGCCCUGAGUUGCUCUAAAUCGGUCGAAUUACGCGGGGGGAAACUAUACAGAGGAUGCGAUUGUGACAAGAAGAAUGGGCUUCAAGAUCGCUGCUUGCGAUAUUGCUGCAUAAACAACCCAAAAUGCAGGACACAACCGGCCUCUUGUCACUGCAGCAAAUUUUCGUGCGGGAAACAUUUAAGCGUGAGGUACGGGAAGAAGAAAACCAUCACUUACACUUGUUGUAUGUGUGGACCACCUAUGUACCCUUGCAUGCCGUGCUAUCAAACCAUACCAUGUCAAUGCCGUUGUCGAUGUUCGUGUUGCUGUCGGAACAAAUGCGAAAACGAUUGUCAGUGUUGUCCUAUAACAUGUGAGGCCGCUUGCUGUUGUCAACCCUGUCCUGAACCAUGCGUCCCAUCACCUGAGCCAUGUCUACCUUGCCCAGAACCUUGUUCACUUGAGCCAUGCUGUCCUUCGGUGCCUUGCCCUGAGCCAUGCUGUCCCGCAGUGCCCUGUCCUGAGCCCUGCGAGCCUUGUCCACCUUGUUAUGAGACAAAUUCACCUUCACCACCCAAAUGUGUUUGUCCCUACGAAGACAAUUGUACUUGUGAUGGUGACACCCAAACAUAUGGCAACAACGAUGGUUGUUACAUUGAAUAUUCGCCUCCACAGUGUAGAGCAUGUCAAACUCAUUAUUAAAGAUCGAAUCAUCUCGAAAUGAUUGUAGUAUUGACCUGGGGAAGUCCGUGCCCACCCUUGUCCUUAUAGUUUGUUUCUUUAUGGAAUGCGAAUUUAUUGAAAUGAUAGUUUUCGAUACACAAUGUACUUCUGCUUAAACUAA